CAGUCAAUCGAAUUUCUUCCUAAUAAUUAUAAAUAGAAAUAAUGUUCCCGAAUAAAUAUCUUCGUACCAAGCUCAUAAAUUUCACGCUUCCCUGAGCUGAAUCUCACCAAGCUGAUCAUUACCAUAAAAUCUCAAACCUGAAAUCAAACAGACUCCCAUUUCAUUCUCUUCCUCCAAUCAAUUUUCUCAUUCCAUCCACUUGAUCACCAUGAGCAACUACACCAAACCUGAUCAAUCCACCACCACUCCUCAACCACCACAACCAUCUACAUCUACAUAUCCAUCUCAACCAUUAGAUGAGAACGUAGAGAAAUGGGGAACCCAUGUCAUGGGUGCACCAGCAAUUCCAUCAUCUCAUCCAAACAAUGAGAAAGCAGCAUCACAAUGGAGCGGGCAACAUCACCAUCCUUAUGUCCAAUAUACCCCUGUCCAGAAACCACCUAAAUCACCCAUGGAAUCAGCUGUUAAUGUUUUCAAUUCCUGGACUAAUAAAGCUGAAACCCUUGCUAACAACAUCUGGCACAACUUGAAAACUGGGCCAUCGGCAUCAGAGGCAGCAUGGGCUAAAGUAGGAAUACAAGCGAAAGCAUUGACAGGGGGAGGGUUUGAAUCAUUAUAUAAGCAGACAUUCAAUACAACACCAAAUGAGAAACUUAAGAAGUCAUUUGCUUGUUACUUGUCUACCUCAACUGGACCAGUUGCGGGUACUCUUUACCUGUCAAAUGUUCAUAUUGCCUUCUGUAGUGAUCGGCCACUUACAUUUACUGCGCCUUCAGGUCAGCAAGCCUGGAGCUACUACAAGGUAAUGGUUCCACUAGCGAUGGUGAGUGCUGUGAAUCCAGUGACCCUGAAAGCAUCAGAGAGGUACAUCCAGAUUAACACGGUUGACAGUCAUGAUUUUUGGUUCAUGGGUUUCGUUAAUUAUGAUAAAGCAGUUAUGCAUCUCUGUGGGAGUAUGUCUGAAUUUGCAGCUCACCAAAUGGCACCACCACAUACUGUCAAUUGUUAAUCAACAAAGUAUAUGUCGUUGUAUUUGAGUCCGUUCGUCUCUGAGGCUUACUAUGAUGUUUUUUUUUAGUUUCCACUUACAGUUUUUAUUUUAUUACCAGUUUUCAGUGACUUGUUGUUGUUUUUGUAAAAUUAUCUUAGUUAAUAAAUACCAGUUUGAGUUUGAGUUUUAGUUGUUUGUUGGCCAAGCAGUAAAGAUGUAGGACAUCUAGCUGGUUAGAAGACCUUUGUUCCACUGAGUCAAACAUUUUUCUAUUUCUUGUGUUUGUGCUAAUUUAUGAUUUCCUUCUCCUA